CAUAUGGAGUGCCACCUUGAGAUCUCCAAAAUAUAAUACAAACAGCAUUCGAAUCAGGAAAGAUCGAAAACAGGAAAAUGGAUCCAUCACACAAAAUACUACCAAUUCACAAAUACCCUUUGACCAUUUCGUCUCGUUUUGUUAAUGAUACUUGUAGAGGCUGCAAUGUAAAAGCUCCCAUCUAUGGUGGCUACCGUUCCAACGAGCCUUCUUCUGCUGGUUUGUUCUUUCACAAAGAGUGUGCCGAGGCUCCAUCAGAGAUCCUUGACCAUCCUUCUCAUCCUCAGCAUCCUCUCAAUCUCCACAACUCUCUACGGAAACCAUCUAAAUGUAAUCUAUGUGGCAAGUCUUUUUUUUCUCCUAGUUAUCGGUGUUCAUCAGAAUGCGACUUCACCGUGGAUCUCACAUGUGGGAUUAAUCCAUUGCCGGUUACUAUUGAACAUCCAAAGUCUCAUCAUCAUCCAGUUGUCUUCUUGAAAGAACCAGCAAAGCCGGGCCGGUGCCAAUGUCAAAUUUGCAAGAGUUAUAACCGUGGGUGUUCUUAUGCAUGUCUUGAAUGUGAAGUCCACUUUCAUGUAGAGUGUGUCAAUCUUUCACAAGAGGUGAAUCAUCCUUCUCAUCCUCAACAUCCUCUUGAGUUACUCGUAUAUGAAUCACUAGAUAGUGAUGCCGAGAAGACAUGUCUUCUAUGUGGAGAACGACCAGACAAGGUGCUUUAUCGUUGCUCGAUAUGCAACUUCAGCAUAUGCCGAUUCUGUGCAAAAGAUCCUCCACCUCUUGCUAUAGAGCAUCAUAAGACGCACGAGCAUCGACUUGUUCUCUUAUCAAGACAAAUCUCAUUUGAAUGUAAUGCUUGUGGGAUGCAAGGUGAUCGAAGUCCUUACAUGUGUAUUCAAUGCGGGUUUGUAGUCCAUCGGACUUGUAUCGAUUUACCACGUGUCAUUAACAUCAACCGUCACGAUCAUCGCAUCUCUCUCACUCAUCAUCUCGGUGUUGGGUAUUCGAAAUGUGGGAUUUGUCGCAAAGAUAUAAGUCAAUACAACGGGGCUUAUACCUGCUCUCGUUGCCCCGGCUAUGCUGCUCAUUCACUAUGUUCAACAAGAAAAGACGUAUGGGAUGGGGUAGAACUCGAAGGGACCCCUGAGGAGAACGAAGAUAUUGAACCUUUCAAAGUAGUGGGGGAUAACUUGAUCAAGCAUUUCAGUCAUGAAGAGCAUAAUCUAAGACUCAACAGGGACGAUAUCAAUCGUGACGAAAGCUCACGUUGUGAAGCAUGCGUCCUUCCUGUGUAUUCCGAUCCGAUCUACAACUGUGAGGAAUGUCGUUUCAUUCUCCACGAGAAAUGUGCUAAUCUUCCAAAAAAGAAACGACAUGUAUUCAGCACAAAACCAUUCAGACUAUGGCCCAGACCACCACGUACAUUUGCUAGCAAAGAUUUUAGAUUCCACGAUGUUUUCCGUUGUAAGGCUUGUAGAACGAAGUCAACUGGUUUCAGGUACGUUUCUGAUUGGUGGGUUCUAGAUGUGCGUUGUGGUUCGCGUUCUGAACCGGUCAUUCAUGAUGGUCACAAACAUCCUCUAUAUUACGAGAGGAAGAAGAAUCACUGUUGUGAUGCAUGUUAUACACAGAUAGAUGAUCAUCUGCUUUGCUGUGAUACUUGUGACUUCGAUCUGGAUUUAAGCUGUACCGAUUUACCAAAAGUGGUAAAGCACAGCUGCGACGAUCAUCCUCUUUCCCUAUGCUAUGGCGAAAAUGCAAACGGAAAAUAUUGGUGUGAUAUUUGCGAGGCGGAAACAGAUCCAAGUAGGUGGUUCUACACUUGCUCUGAUUGCGGGGUUACCGCACAUAUCAAAUGUGUACUUGGAGACUUUUCACGUCUCAUGCCAGGACGCAUCAUCAACUACAAUAAAGUUAUAGUUGAAGUGGUUCCUAACAACCAUAGUUCUCGCCCAUUAUGUGCAGAAUGUCACUCAAGAUGCAGAGCCCCUAUCAUUUUAAAGCUUUGUGAUCCAUACACUGGAUACAUUUGUUCCGAUGCAUGUGCAGUGGCUAUCACUACAACUAGGAGAACAACUAUAUAGCUCUUCAUUUCAUUCAAUCGUUUCUCUUAAGUUUAUUGGAUGUAAGAGUUUCUUUCCAACUAUCACCAUGUAAUACAGAGAUAUAUACAUA